AUGCAGCGCCUAUCCAAUUCUCCCUCUCCCACUCGCUCUCAAUUUCCCUCUCUUCCUCCUCUAGGCGACGAAUCCUCUUCGGCCAUCUAUACACGCGACACCAGCCCGUCACCCCUAGAUAACGACAAGGACCCUGGACGUAAAGACAGUGGCAGUCCGAAGAACGAAGGCAGCUUCUUUCAGCACAUUACAUACCCCGUCUCGUAUACCUUCAGUGGCCUCCUUCGCCGGCUCAGCGCAGACGAAGCUCCUACCGCCCUCGCUCGUGCCUUGUCAGCAAACUACAACGGCACCAUGGCCCCCUCUGCCACUUUCUAUGACGCUCCCAAGCGCCAUCUCUCUCCCUUCCAGCCCCCGCCCUUGACUCCUCUGACUCUCUCGGGCUAUAGAGAGAGUACAACACUCUCCAGUAGAUUGUUGGAGAAAGCCCUCGCUGAAGAGAUUCGCUUGCUUGUCCCACCGCGAGUGCAGCUGGUUGAUGAAUGGAAGUUGAUUUACUCGUUGGAGCAGAACGGCACAUCUCUGAGCAGUCUGUACAGUUUGAGCGACGAGUACAGAGGCAAAAGAGGCGGCUUUGUCCUUGUCGUCAGAGAUGCCAGCCAAGGGAUUUUUGGCGCAUAUCUCUCCGAUCCUCCACAGCCUCACCCGCAUUACUACGGCACUGGGGAGUGCUUCUUGUGGAGCGCCUUUCGUCUGCCCUCUCUACCGGACCUCUCAUCGCUGCCUCCGCCGCCGUCGGCCGACACUACACACAUGCAGCGCAGCACAACCAUAGCUACCACAAAGAAGUCCUCUUUAAACUCCUCCACACCAAGAAGUGGGACAUCGACUCCUGAUAGAAUCCGCUUCAAGGCUUUCCCCUACACUGGCGAAAAUGACUAUACCAUCUUCUGUCAGCAAAGCUUCUUGAGCAUUGGCGGCGGCGACGGUCACUACGGACUCUGGCUAGACAACAACUUGGCUAGGGGAAUCAGCUCGCCGUGUCCUACCUUCGGCAAUGCACGCCUGAGCGACGAGGGUGAGAAGUUUGGAAUCCUUGGUGUUGAAUUGUGGUACAUCGGCUCUUGA